AUGCUACGAAACGCCACGCGCAGAGCUUCGCCUUUGGCUGCACGACUGCAAAGUGCAUUUGCGCGUGUGGAUACGGUUAACAUUGUAAACAGGAACAUUGGAGUGCUCGGCACCCCCCUUAGAUGUUUUGCAACUGCCAAGCCGAGUACUUCCGAAGUGACAAGCAUUUUGGAAGAGAGAAUCCUUGGUGAGACAUCAAAAAUAGAUGUGCAAGAGACUGGUCGUGUGUUAUCGAUUGGUGAUGGUAUUGCUCGUGUUUAUGGAUUGAAAAAUGUGCAAGCUGAGGAAAUGGUUGAAUUCUCAAGUGGGAUUAAGGGCAUGGCACUUAAUCUUGAAGCCGACAAUGUUGGUAUCGUCGUCUUUGGUAAUGAUCGUUUAAUCAAAGAAGGAGACGUGGUCAAACGAACUAACCAAAUCGUCGACGUGCCUGUUGGUCCCGGCCUGCUUGGUCGUGUGAUUGAUGCCCUUGGUAAUCCGAUUGAUGGCAAAGGUCCUAUAUCAGCAACCGAGCGUAGGCGAGUGCAAGUCAAAGCACCUGGGAUUCUUCCUCGCCAAUCUGUUAGUGAGCCUAUGGCUACUGGCAUCAAGUCUGUUGACGCUAUGGUACCGAUUGGAAGAGGACAGCGAGAGUUGAUCAUUGGAGACAGACAGACAGGGAAAACCGCUGUUGCAUUAGAUACUAUUUUGAAUCAGAAGAGAUGGAACGACGGGAAUGAUGAGAGCAAGAAAUUGUAUUGUGUAUACGUUGCCGUCGGGCAAAAGAGAUCAACUGUAGCACAGUUGGUGCAAACGUUAGAAGAAAAUGAUGCGUUGAAAUAUUCCAUAAUCGUAGCGGCAACGGCUUCCGAAGCUGCCCCUCUACAGUACCUUGCUCCAUUCUCAGGCUGUGCCGUUGGCGAAUGGUUCCGUGAUAAUGCCAAACACGCAUUAAUCAUAUAUGACGAUCUUUCCAAACAAGCCGUUGCCUAUCGUCAAAUGUCUUUACUUCUGCGUCGUCCUCCUGGUCGUGAGGCUUACCCUGGUGAUGUGUUCUACUUGCACUCACGUUUACUGGAACGAGCUGCCAAGAUGAAUAAAACUCAUGGCGCUGGGUCUUUGACAGCUUUGCCUAUUAUUGAAACUCAAGGUGGUGAUGUGUCAGCCUAUAUUCCAACUAAUGUCAUUUCGAUUACGGAUGGGCAGAUUUUCUUGGAAGCCGAAUUGUUCUUUAAAGGUGUACGACCGGCUAUCAAUGUUGGUUUGUCCGUAAGUAGAGUGGGUAGUGCUGCCCAAACGAAAGCCAUGAAACAGGUGGCUGGUUCUUUGAAACUGUUUUUGGCUCAGUAUCGUGAAGUCGCUGCUUUCGCUCAAUUUGGUUCCGAUCUCGAUGCCGCCACACGUUUCUUGUUGAAUCGUGGAGAACGAUUAACUGAAUUACUCAAGCAACCUCAAUUCAGACCCCUUCCAGUAGAACAUCAAGUUCCACUUAUAUUUGCUGGUGUCAACGGUUUUCUUGACAAAAUUGACGCUAAGCGCGUAACUGAAUUUGAACAGGCAUUUAUUCCCUAUGUUGUAUCUAAUCAUUCUGAUGUUCUAGAGACAAUCAAAAAGGAGGGCGUUAUAUCUCAGACUACUGAGGAUAAACUAAAGGAAAUUUUAACCGAGUUUUUAAAGACCUUUUAG